AUGGUGAAGAACGCAAAAUUGUGGGAACUGACACGAAAAAUUGAAGCAUUCGUUGGGUUUACAGAUGAAAUUUUUGGAGACUCUACGUUUGUGGAUUUGUUUACACAAGUCAUUGAUUUGAGACUCGACGCUGAGAAAGUUCAGGGGGAGAUUGGUGUAUAUCGGCAGAAUGUUGAUAAUCAUAUCACCGAAAUCUUGGAUUUUCAUACCAUAACUACGCAACAACUUGAAGGACUGCAGAAGGAAAAGGAGAACCUUCAACCUAAGGCCUUUAGUGGUGCAAGAAGUGCUAAAGAACUGGAAAACUUCAUUUGGGACAUGGAACAGUAUUUUACUGCUGCAAGGGUGCCUGACGCCGAUAAGUUAAAUAUUACCACAAUGUACUUGACUGGUGAUGCUAAACUUUGGUGGAGAACUCGAAAUGCAGAUGAUGUAAGUGCUGGUCGUCCUAGAAUUGAUACAUGGGAUAAGUUAAAAAAAGAAAUGCGUGAUCAAUUUCUUUCUAGCAACGCAUCUUGGCUUGCAAGGGAUAAACUGAAAAAGCUAAGGCAGACGGGUUGGGUGAUGGAAUACAGUAAAGAAUUCACCUCUGUGAUGUUAGAUAUACAGAAUAUGUCUGAUGAGGAUAAAUUACACAAAUUCAUUUCGGGUAUGCAAGGCUGGGCUCAAAAUGAACUCCAGAGGCAGAAUGUUAAAGAUCUGCCUAGUGCAAUUGCUGCUGCAGAUUCGUUGGUUGAAUUCCGGACGACUCGUCCUUUGUCAGAUGUUCCCUCCACUUCAAAAACUAAGAAAAAGAAGGAUAAGAUAGGCGAAUGGAAAAAGGAUAGUCGUAAGGACGCUACAAAUGACAAAGGAAAGGCACAAAUGAAGGAUGGAAAAGACAAACCAAAGAACAAAGAUGGUAAUUCUAAGGGGUGUUGGACUUGUGGUGGUCCUCAUUUGGCCAAGUCUUGUCCGAACUGGGAAAAGGUAAAUGCUUUGCUUGCUAGAAAUAUGAAUCAAAGGGAGGAGGAUGAGGAGAUCGUGGCUGCAAUGGCAAACCCAUUGGGAUUUUCCUUCAACCAUAUUACAAGGAUUAAUAAUGUUGGAGAAACGUCUAGUACUUCGAAUCCUCAUGCUUCCCUAAUUCAUAUAGAAAUGACAGUGAAAGAACAACGUGUGAUGGCCAUGGUUGAUACAGGAGCCAUUCAUAGGUUUGUAGAUGUGAGAAUUGCUACAAAAUUGGGGCUGAAGUUGUCUAAAAUCCCUUCCUACGUCAAAACAGUCAAUGCUAAGGCACAGGCCAUUGUGGGUAUUGCUUAUGGUGUGUCUAUGUCGACUGAAAGUUGGAUGGGAAAACAUAAUUUGAUGGUGAUGCCGCUUGGUGAAUUUGAGAUCAUACUUGGGAUUGAUUUUCUAAGAAAAUUCCAGUUUGUUCCGUUUCCUAACUUAGAUGGAGUGAUGGUCAUGAAUGAAAGCAAUGCUGGAUUUCUUAAAGGAGUUCAUCCAUUUGCGAACAUUAAUAAAGUCGCAAAGAAGAAAGACAAAGGAAUGUUCUUGUCUGCUUUGUCAAUCGACAAUGGGAUGAAGAAAGGUGAUGACACUAUACUUGCUGCCUUGGUUGAAGUGAAACUUGAUGUUAAGAUGGAAGUGCCUGAUUGUGUUGCUGAAUUGCUUAAACAGUAUACUGAUGUUAUGCCGCCUGAUUUACCAAAGAAAUUACCACCAAGGAGGGAUAUUGAUCAUAUUAUUGAGUUGCUGCCUGGUACGGUUGCUCCUGCACAGGCUCCUUAUCGUAUGGCUCCUAAGGAAUUGAUUGAAUUACGCAAACAAUUGAACGAGUUGUUGGAUGAUGGAUUGAUUUAUCCAUCUAAGGCUCUAUAUGGUGCCCCUGUUUUAUUUCAAAAGAAACAGGAUGGGACAAUGCGAAUGUGUGUAGACUACAGGGCGCUGAAUAAGGCAACUAUAAAGAACAAGUAUCCGGUUCCAUUGGUGCAGGAUUUGCUGGACAGGUUGAGUAAGGCAUGCUGGUUCACAAAACUUGAUCCCAAGGCAGCUUAUUGGCAGGUUAGAAUAGCAGAAGGCGAUGAACAAAAAACAACAUGUGUAACUAGAUAUGGUUCAUAUGAAUUCCUUGUAAUGCCAUUUGGGCUGACUAAUGCUUUGGCAACGUUUUGUAACUUAAUGAAUAAUGUAUUGUUUGACUAUCUUGAUUACUUUGUUGUUGUCUAUGUAGAUGAUAUUGUCAUUUAUAGUCAAACGUUGGAGGAACAUGUUAAUCACUUAAGUUUGGUUCUGUCACAGUUGAGAAAAUACACACUUUAUGUUAAGAUGAAAAAGUGUGAGUUUGCUCAAAAAGAGAUAAAAUUCUUGGGGCAUCUUGUUAGUAAAAACCAAGUUCGUAUGGAUCCUAAGAAGGUGCAAGCCAUUGUUGAUUGGCAAGCACCUCGUCAUGUGAAGGAUUUGAGGUCAUUUCUUGGCUUGGCUAACUAUUACAAAAAAUUCAUUGCUGGUUACUCAAAAAGGGCAGCGGCUUUGACAGAUUUGUUGAAGAAGGAUACAAAGUGGGUUUGGUCUGAACGAUGUGAUGAAGCAUUUCAGAAUUUGAAGAAUGCUAUUGAAUCUGAAUCUAUACUCAAGUUACCUGAUUUUGAGUUACCAUUUGAAGUGCACACUGAUGCGUCAGACAAAGCAAUUGGUGGCGUAUUAGUGCAGGAAGGUCAUCCCGUGGCCUUUGAAAGUAGAAAAUUGAAUGAUGCUGAAUAG